AUGGACGCCAUCGGCGUUAAAUCCCGUGCUGCUAAAGUCAAUACGAAUCAGCUUGAUUUUAUUAAAAGACACGUUAUUUCGGUGAUUGCAAAGGAUAAGCUUGCAUGGCCUUUUUUGAAACCAGUAGACCACCAAAAGUUGAACUUGCCGGAUUAUCCUAAAAUCGUUAAGCAUCCCAUGGACCUCGGAACUAUUAAGCAAAGGCUGAAUUUAAAGUUUUAUCGACGAGCCUCUGAAUGUUUGGAUGAUCUGUUUACUAUGUUUCGCAAUUGCUAUAUCUUUAAUAAACCCGGCGAUGAUGUCGUCGCAAUGGCUAUGAAAUUGGAACGUGUGGCUCGUGACAAGCUACAAAAUAUGCCCUUCCCUGAAGUUGAAUUAUCUUCCCAAAAACCCAACACUAGUCAAGUCCCCCCCACGUCGAAUAUAUCCAGCGACUCCAAUUUGUCGAUGUCAAUUGUCAACAACGUCGAGGAUUUAAACGGAUCGUCUUUGGUUCCACCUUCAACUCCAUCUGGCGUUGCGCUUAGUUCCCAUCCAGGACCACUUACUUCCACCUUAAAUAAAAAGCUACCCAAAAGGAAACCGGAGCCCCCUUCUUUGGAUGACAUUUCCUCUACUCCCCACUCAACUGAUGAUUCCAGAGAACGGCGGUUGGCUAAAAAGACAAAAGUCGAAGAGCGUGUGGUAGGGAAACGGGUUAGACUUUGUGAGUCCCUCAAACAAUGCAGCAAUCUACUUAAGGAUAUUUCUUCGGCAAGAUACAGGCAUUUAAAUCAGCUCUUUUUGCACCCAGUGGACGUCGAAGGACUGGGGUUGAGUGAUUACCACGACAUUAUUACCCACCCAAUGGACUUGAGCACCGUUCGUUCAAAAUUGGAUAGUGGUAUAUACCAAAAUAAAAAUGAAUUCGCUGCGGACCUGCGGUUGAUGUUCAACAACUGUUACAAGUAUAAUGGUGAGACGAGUGAUGUUGCAAGUGUUGGGAGGACGUUGCAGGGGAUAUUUGAAGAGCAAUUCGCUAAAAUACUGGACGAUGAUGGUGACGGUUCUGUUGAUUCCCGGUCUUGUGAUGCUCUAAUUCAAACUGUCCUGAAGGAUCAUCAGCGUAUUGUUGCCCAAUAUAACAAAUUUGGCGAGGAGCUUCAAAAAAUCAGCUCUAGCAUCAACACAAUCCUAUCCAUUCUUAACCAUCCUGCUGACCAAACUCCCAUAAAACUACCGAAAAAGGGGCAAUUCAGUGUACAUAAUUCGGGCGCAUUGUCGGGAUACGACGAUCAUGUUAACAGAAAAACUUCAAAGGCCUCACAAAAGGCAAAAAGAAAAAUGCCAAAUGCAUCUUACCAGAAUGCUGUUCCGGCGCAAGUCUCCGGAGGCAUUCCUGGCAUUCAGAAUGCAAUGCCAGUCGCUACUUACGGCGUUGACGAGGGAUUUGUUUCCGAUGCUAAUGUCCGUCCCAUGACAUACGAUGAAAAACGCCAAUUGAGUUUGGACAUAAAUAAAUUGCCCGGCGAGAAGUUGGGCCGUGUUGUGCAAAUUAUUCAACAACGAGAGCCGUCCCAUCGCGAUUGCAAUCCUGACGAAAUCGAGAUUGAUUUUGAGACGCUCCAGCAUUCUACUCUCCGGGAGCUCGAACGCUAUGUCAAGUCUGUUCUUCAAAAAACGAAGUCUGCAUCACGAAAGUAUGCGAAAAAAAGCAAUUCCAGUGCGCCAUCAGCCAAGUCCCGAGAGGAAUCGAUGAAGAGAAAGGAGGAAGAGCUGCAAAACAGACUUCGGCAGAUUGAUGGUAUGCAACUGAACGCUGGUGAACCGUCUAAUCGUUUGAGUGCUUCCUCAAGUUCCAGUGACUCUGAUUCCUCCACAGAGUCUAGCGGGAGCGAAUCAUCGGAUUCCAAAGCGGACAGCAAUGAUGGUCAGGUGAACUUUGAGAAACCUGUAGCUUCUGUAUCCGCGUCCGGUGCGGGCUAUUCGGGUGUUGGUGGGUCACAUUUCAGCUCGCAACUCGAGCCGCGUCAGUUGCAACCAUUUUGUUCCACUGCGGCACCAAGUACUGUCAACUUCGCGCCAGCUGCACCCCCUCCUCACGCUCCCUUAAAGCCCAUCAGCUCGGAGUCUGCUCCGGGUGUCCACACGAGGCGGCCGCUCUCUCCCCCCACCCAGCAGGCACCACCUGCUAACGACGAGUCCUCGGACUCGGAGCCCGACGAGAUUGACCGGCUUCCCCAACCAGCAUGGGCGUGUGGCAAGCAACAGCAGCUCCAAGUCCCGCACCAACCUUCCGAAGCGGUGCCUUCCAGCUCCUCAAGCACCGCCUUCCUUCCCCAGUCAGCCUCUCAACUCGGGUUGCCAGCGGUUGCCAGCACCACUUCAAUGAUGGAUCCCCUGGAAACCGGCGGCGGAGAGGCUCAGAAGGAAUUUCUCGAUAAGAACGCGGCGGCCCUGCAGAUCGUGCGUGAGGCCAAACGGCAGUCACAGUGGACUUCGAAGAUGGCCGAGGAACGGGCGGCAAGGGAGCGUGAGGAGGCGCAGCAGCGUCAGCGAGAACAAGACCAGGCAAAGGAAAAUGAGCGUCGUAAGGAAUCAGAAGCUAGGCGGGUAGAGGAUGAGAGAAGGCGGAAUAUUGAACUUCGAAAGAGUGAUGAUAGGCUCAAGAGAGCGGCUGUCGGUGGUGUUCCACGUAACGACGGACCACCUGCUGCUGGGUUGCCUAACGACGCUUUGGGCUCCUUCAAGGGGUUCUUCCCGGCCAACCGUGUUUCCGCAACUGAAGCCCAUAGCAACGUUUUUCCACUUUAUGGAGCAUUGUCAAUUUAUGCGCAAUGCGUCUUCAUAGAGGAGCUUAUUAAGGGUUGUUGGAGCCUGGAUUGGAAAAAAAAUGAACAAGGUCGACUGGUGACGCAUUCCACGUUAGCGCGCUGCCGCCGCGUGCUAGGCAGCGAGUGGAGGGCCAUUCCUUCCGUGCCAGAGCGGAUCAAUGCCCACGAAUUGUUGGCCGAAUUUGAAUCCACCAUCGACCCCAUCUACAUCGACGCCAGCUUCGGCAUUCGCCAGCUCCAGUAG